AUAGUAUUUUUUAUGUGGGACUUCAAAUCUCCAGUCUGCUGUAAAUCACAGUGAUAUUAUACUGAAAUCCAAUAUAAAAUGUUCCUUAAUGAAGACAAGAAACAUACAGUAUUCCUAUGUUUAGAGGGAAAGAGAGAGAUGUGUACUGCUGCAUUUUAAAGUGCAUAAAGCAAAACAAAAUGUAUAAAAAAAAUGUUUCUGACACUUUGGAAGUCACAAAUAAGUUGCUUAAAAAGCUCAAUCUUCCCGCUUUUGCUUUGCCAUUAUCAACACAAUAGUGAUUGCGUGAGCCAAGGGCUUUGAAACUCAACACCUAAAACCUGACAGAACCAAAGACAUUGUUUAUACUGUAUGUUUAAGUGUCAUAGCAGCAGUUCUUAAAUCUACAGGCUCGUAUACAGGACGAGAAACCAGGAAACUAAAAAUGACAAUGCCACUUAUAAUCAAAAGACCAAAGUCUUUCCUUCACAAGGACGUCAGACAGCUGAAUCAUAAAGAGGACGUCCAUCUUCAGAGGAAACUACACAACAUCAGCGCUAAAUACAGACUCAACCUCAGACUCCUGGAGCAGGAGCGAGAACUGGUGUUAAAGGAGCACAAACGCCUGCUCAACUUAAGGGUUUGUGAACCACGCGCCACCAUAAACAACACAAUGAGGGCCAUAUCAGAGGUUAGAACGGCAAGCGGCGCAAAACAAACACGGUUUUCAAAAUCCGCCCCAGCUUUCAGAGCUCUAUCAUCUGCAUUUGAGAAUAAUGCCGAAGAGAGGACUGCAAAAUCAGCAUCGCUUUCUGUCAAACAAGACGAUUCCUUUCCAUCUAUGACGUCCAGACAGAAAUUUAAAGCUUCAGAAAGUGGUCAGCUCUCUAUUUUACAUCUGAAAGACUUGUCGCUGAUCGACAGCAUCUCUGAGAAAGAGCUGAUGUAUCAGGAGGAGUAUUACAGGUGGUAUAAAGAAAGACUCAAACAACUGCAGAGAGAGAAACUGAGGCAGAAAAUAAGCAGUUUCCUCAACUCCAUUGAACAUAUUUGAAUGUUAAUUAUAAAACAAUCCUGUUGAAGAAAUAGUUCAGCUAGAAAUUAACAUUUAGUGUAACGUUUACUCACUCUCAAGCGGUGUUACUUUAAAAAAGUAAUACAUUACAAUCGCAAGUCACUAUAAAAAAAAAGUAACUAAAUGUUACUUAGUUAAUUUUUAGUGAAAGUAAUGUUUAAGUAUGUUAUUUUUGCCUUUUGUCUGCUCUUUUAUUUGACAAGGACACAUAGGGCUCUAAUUUAUCGACCUAGGAGCAAAGUCUAAAGCGCAUGGCACAAAAGCAAUAGGAACAUGUCCGAAUCAACUUCUAUUUUAAGCACAGAAACAUCCACUCUGACAGGGUUGUGCUUGUUCUCUUAAUGAGUUAUGAGUGUGUUUUGAGCAUAACGUGCAUUAAAUCAAUCUCUCAUCUCCCAUUACCUUUAAGAGUCAGUUGUGUCGCAUACUUUAAAGUAGACUUUUUGAUACAUAGAAAAAUCCUCAGAGUAAAAUUAACAUCUCCCACUGGUCCUACUCCUACAUAAUAACACUGGAGCAGAGUUAAAGUUCUGAUUGAAGCGAGAUUAAUGAACUCCUGCUGUUAAAAAGCAGAACUACUAAAGAAAAACAUAAAAUUACAUCCGAAUUCAGUCACAACCUUAGGCCCUGUUAUUCACACAAACAUGGGUUUUGUCUAAAUUGCAGCUUUUUUCCACUUUCAAAGAUUUUCAAAAGCGCCAAGGUGUGUGCUUUUUAGAAAAUUGAGAAAAAAGUUUUUGUUUACAAAAAUUCCUGUGUACCUGUGGACAUGGCAUUAGGAACUCAAGUGAAAACUCAAUGAAUCUCAGCUCAUCGGGAUCAUUAAACAACUGCACAAACAGAAUCAGCAGCUUUACUUUUUACUAAGCUGCCAGACUAUUUCUGUCAAACGUCUACAAAAGUCUGUUUUGAGAUUUAAUGAAAAAAAUUAUGCUUUGUUAGAUGAUGCCUUUGUGGCAUGUAUUUACGUUGCCACUACAUAUUUAUUUUUGUUUAUUUACACUAGUAUUUACUUUACUUAAUGCAAUUUUUUUCUUGAACUGCUGUAACUCUAUAGUGUGUGACCAAAUAAUCUCUACUCUUGGGAUUUUGCUGUGUAGGGAAUAAGAUUAAAUCUAUUGAAUUAUUUUUUAUAUAUUAAUAUUUGUAUUAAUUCAUAAUUAUAAUUUAUUAUUGCAUUAAUUAUAAUAAUUGUCUUUAGCUAAUAUUUAAACUUUAGUUAAAGACAAACUUUUUCAACUUUACACUUUUUCAUUUAUCUUUAUGACACACACUAGUCUGUUAGGGAAACUAGUGUGUUUAAUAAUUUUAAGACAAAUGGAUUAGUUCUUUGUGUUUUCAUAUUCAUUACCUCAUAUGCUAAAUAAUUUUAGGGGGGUUCAAAUCAAAUGGUUUUCUAAUUUUAAUCAUAAAAAUGUGUUUAUGAAUAUGCAUUGAUCUUUUGAAAGCAACUGUUUUUAGUAAGAAUGCCAAAUGUUCUCCUCCUGUUCAAAUUUUACAUUGAAGGGUUUUUACACCGGCAACUAUAGUUGCCGCAUUUUCCUGAAAAAAAAAAUUAAUAAAUUAAUAAA